UUGGAAACUUCCUCUUCAGUCCCAGCUGCGAAAGGGGAGGCGGAGGCCGAGCGUCCUGCCCCUAGCCCGGGCCCGAAGGGGCCUUACUGGGGCUCAGGAGGGGGCGUAAGGACCUCCGCGGGGCUUGAGUGAGUGAGUGAGUGAUUGAUGGGAUUAGGGCUCCCCGCCCCCCCCAGCCCAGCCCCGCCCGGAGCGGCGGCCACGGAGCUGCCUUUUGUCCUGGGGCGGCGGACGCCCGGCGGGCCCCCACCCACUGCCGGGAGACGCGGGCCCCGCUCGGGUGAAACCUCCGGCCGGGAAGUGUGUCCGGGCCCUCCCCCCGGCCCGCGCCAGUGAGCGCAGCAGAUCCGAGCCGGAGGCGGACCAAGCGGAAGUGAGCGGGCCGAGCCGCGGGACCGAGCCGAGCCACAGGACCGAGGCCGAGCCGACUGCGCCGAGCGGGCGCCGGGGACGCCAAGGUUCGGGACUGACGCGAUCGAGCAGGGGAGGGGACCGAGAGCGCGCCCCCGCCCAGCCCCCGGGGCCGGGCCGAACUCGAACUCCCACAAGCCCCAGGAAGGACGCCACCUCCCUUCCGGGCCGUGUAGGCGGUGGGAGGCGACGGAGCCGGGCCGGUUCGGGGUGAUCGUGACGCCCUCACGCAGAGGCGCACGCGCUCGGCCGGCCCAGCGGGCGGGGGGACGCGGGGCGCCGGCGCCCGGGCCGCCAUGGCGGCGUUGUUCGAUAUUGACCUGGAGACCGAAGAAGGCAGCGAGGGCGACGGCGAGCCGGAGCUCAGCCCUGCGGAUUUGGACCCGGAUUUGAGGACGGCUGCUUGUUUGGAGCCCAUGGGGCACUAUGAAGAGGUGGAAUUGUCAGAGACCUGUGUGAACCCUGGAUCCGAGCACAUCGGCCCCCACUCUUUUGAGCUCCUCCGAGUCCUGGGCAAAGGGGGCUAUGGCAAGGUAUUCCAGGUCCGGAAGACACAAGGCACCAACAUGGGGAAGAUAUUCGCCAUGAAGGUGUUGAGGAAAGCAAAAAUUAUGCGCAACGCUAAGGACACGGCCCACACGCGGGCUGAACGGAGCAUCCUGGAGGCCGUGAGGCACCCCUUCAUCGUGGAGCUGAUCUAUGCCUUCCAGACCAGUGGCAAGCUCUAUCUCAUCCUGGAAUGUCUCAGUGGAGGGGAGCUCUUCAUGCAGCUGGAACGGGAGGGCAUCUUCAUGGAGGACACAGCCUGUUUCUACUUAGGGGAGAUCACGCUGGCCCUGGGCCACCUCCACUCCCAGGGCAUCAUCUACAGGGACCUGAAGCCUGAAAACAUCAUGUUGAGCAGCCAAGGUCACAUCAAGCUGACGGACUUUGGCCUGUGUAAAGAGUCCAUCCAUGAGGGCUCCGUCACUCACACCUUCUGCGGCACCAUAGAGUACAUGGCGCCCGAGAUCCUCACUCGCAGUGGCCACAACCGGGCCGUGGAUUGGUGGAGCCUGGGAUCCCUGAUGUACGACAUGCUCACAGGAAUGCCGCCCUUCACGGCAGAGAAUCGCAAGAAGACGAUCGACAAGAUCCUGAGGGCGAAGCUGGCGCUGCCCGCCUACCUCACGCCCGAUGCUCGGGACCUGCUCAAGAAGUUUUUGAAGAGAAACCCCAGCCAGCGACUUGGGGGCGGACCCGGGGAUGCAGCGGAUGUCCAGAAACACCCUUUCUUCCGUCACAUCAACUGGCAAGAUCUCUUGGCUCUCCAAGUAGAACCUCCCUUCCGGCCCAACCUGCAGUCGGAAGAGGACGUGAGCCAGUUUGACACUCGCUUCACGAAGCAGACGCCCGUGGACAGCCCCGACGAUUCUGCGCUGGGUGAGAGCGCCAGCCAGGUCUUCUUGGGCUUCACCUACGUGGCCCCCUCGGUCCUGGAGGGCAUCAAGGAAGGCUUCUCGUUCCAGCCCAAACUGCGGUCCCCUCGGCGCCUCAACAGCAGUCCCCGCACCCCCAUCAGCCCCUUGAAAUUCUCGCCUUUUGAAGCAUUCCGACCCAGCCCCGGCCCCCCGGAGUCCAUGGAACUACCCCCACCCCCGGUCAGUUCAGCCCCGCUUCCCAUCCGGACUCCCGCCGGCAAGAAGUCCAAGAAGGGCCGGGGCCGUUCCAGGCGCUAGAGGGGCCGCUGCGUGUCCCGGCCACCCUUGAACUCUGAUCCCACCUCCCCUUGACCCCCCCGGAAGGAUUUCCUGGCAUCGGCCUGGAAGUGCUGUAGGCCCCUUGGGCCAGGCUGAUUGAAGUGCCCUUGGGGGCGGGGAGGGCACCGUUUGCACAGAAUCAUGGGAACGGACUGCUGCAGCCCCCACCCCCACCCCCACCCCCGGCCCAGCUGCUGGGCUGCGGCUUUUAGCAAAUAAAUAUUGGAAUCAUGGCC